AACAAACAAUCAAUCAAUCAAUCAAACCCCAACCGCCAAUACCUAGUCGUUGUGCAAAGAGCGCAUUCACAACCACACACCAUGUCCUCCCACGAGCAGCUCUCCGCCGCCACCAACGACCGCAAAGCGCGCCUCGCCCAGCUAAAAUCCCUAAAGCGCAAACAAGCGCCCUCUGACGACGCGCAAGACUCCUCCAUCGAAACCUCCUCCACCACCCUCGCCACAACCGCGCAAGAAGACGAGCCCUCCGCAACCACCACCUACCUCAGCGGGCGAAACUUCGAUCCCGCAACGCGCAACGUGAAGCUGGGGUUCGAACACACGCCCAUCAGCAACCCCGAAAGCACACUCGAGUACAAGGCGCAGCAACUCGCGCUCCAGACGAAGGCCGAGCAAGAGAAGGAGAAAAGCGAUGUGCCGCUGGAUUUGUUCAAACUGCAGCCGAAGAAGCCGAACUGGGAUCUCAAGCGCGAUCUGCAGGAGAAAAUGCGAACAGGCGGACUGGAGAGGGAGACGGAGAAUAGUAUUGCGAGGCUGGUCAGGGAGAGAGUCGAAGCGCAGAAGCGGGAGAGGGAGCGGAAGGCGAUAGGAGGGGAGGGGGAGGAGGUGGGUAUGGAGGGCGGUGAGCUUGUGGAAGCGAUGAACUUGAGGGAGCAGGAGGAGGAGAGGGAACGGGCGAGGGACGAGGAGGAUGACGCUGCUGUAUGAAACUUCGGCCCGGAGCGACAUGCCUGGAAGACACAUCACCGCAGAGAGUGGGCGAGAGACAGCUUGAGUAGCAGACUCGCAUCGCUAGAAUCACGAGAAGGAUUGGGAUCUGAGUUAGCAGGCCCGUCAAUAGCUUGGAGCUGGGCAAAGCGAAAAGGCGCUUGCUAAGAG